AUGACUACUAGGAGGAUACUUCAAACUACACGCUAUCUACCGAUCUACAGCCAAUUCGCCCGCCUAAGCGUUACCCGCCCGACCUUCUUUCGCUUUCCCUUCGAACAUCCCUCACGUCUCGCAAAGUCCUUAUCUAUAUCACAUUUCAACACAAUCAGGACUCUCUCAACAUCCACCACAAUGGCCUCUCGCUUAAAGCGCGAUCCCAUAAUGUAUUCCUUUAUGAAUGGGGCUGAUCUGGUCGAGGAACUUCUUAAGGAGGAUGGAUUCACAACCUGGGGCUUCGUGAUCUUUCGUUGCACGUACCAUAAUGACUCUGACUGGGAGAACUUCAUGGCUCGCAUGGUCGGCGCCGUCUCAGAAGACCUCAAGGAAUAUAGUGGCCUUGAUCUCCUCGACACAUUCGCCCCAACGGUCUUGGAAGACCCCUCCUUUGAGGGUGCCACGGUUGCCACCCUACGCGAGCACUUCCAUCAGUGGAAGAAGACUGCAUUGAAAGAGGAACAGGGCGUGAGCGAAGACUACACUCCAACGAGCGGCCGAUACCGCUUCUUCAUCACCGUGGACCAGGAGGCUAUGGAGUCCGUUCUAAACACCCCCUUGGGAGGGUUCGAAGAAUAUGAAUUAGGGCAUGUCCGCAUGGUUAAUGCUGAAUGGAAAUGGACAGAUGUGCCUGAAGAGGACUCUGAGGACGAGGAUAUAUCAGAGCCUGAGGAGUUCGAGCCCCUUGAAGGGUGUACUGAGGAUGACGUGGGCUGGAUGAACAUACGCUGGCGUAUUGUGCAGCUUCCGGGAUUCCACAAGAUGACUGAGAUUGAUGACUGGCAGGCGUAUUAUGUCCGGUAUCCGGGGAUCGCGGACAUAAAUUGA